CUCUCUCUCCUUCCCGACUCCAGCUUUGUACGCAACCUCCUUUCAUCACAAGCUUCGAACUUCUAGAGAGAGGGAGAGAGAGAGAGAGAGAGAGAGAGAGAGAGAAUCUCUUUCUUGUCGAAGCCUUUUCAGAGAGACCGAGAAGAUGGAACAGAGGAAUAACAACAGCUGCAGAUGCAACGGAAACAGGGAUGGCAAAACGGAGGAGAAGGACCAGAUGGUUUACGACGGGGGCUUCCCAGUUCACAGCCAAGUGAGGAAGAUCAAGCAGGAAUCGGAGGCGACAGCCGUGGACUGGUCGACGGUCCAGCCAGAGAUGAGGCCUGUUCUCAGGGCCAGAGAGAUCAUCAAGCGGCAGCGCUCACGGUCGCCGCUGGGUCUGGCGGCCGGGCGACCCAUCUCCGUCGGGGACCCUUGAUCCGGAUUGAAACCUCGGACUAAUCAGAGAUAUGAUAUUAUACAGUAGAUGACGGCGACGACGGAGCUUUUCUUUGUUGGUGGCAAUUUUUUUUGUUAUUGCCUAGGAGAUAUGCAGAGUUCCUCUGUUUUCUGGCUCCCCUGUUUUUUGACCUCUCUGUAAAUACUACUUCGGAUAUAUAUAAAAUAGCGGGCUCUUCUUAUC